AUGCAAGACGGCUCUCGCCUCCAGCAGCUGGAUCCCUCCCAUCUCGCAGCACCUCACAGGUCUCUUCCCCGAGCAGUGCAUUGCUGGAGUGAGGAGCAGCUCACGAAUCAGCUGCAGGUCCCUGUUUUGAAAAGCAGAGAUACAGAGGCAAAGGAAAAGGGUGGACUCGUAUGUGACCUGGUCUUAGAGCAAGACAAUCACCAUCUGAAUUCCAGAAGCCCUGUUCAUGUUUGGGGAUAUUUUUUCGACUGCAUGGAAUCAGAGAGAAGCCAAAGGAUGGGAAAUGCCUGCAUCCCCCUGAAAAGAAUUGCUUAUUUCCUAUGUCUCUUAUCUGCGCUUUUGCUGACUGAGGGGAAGAAACCAGCGAAGCCAAAAUGCCCUGCUGUGUGUACUUGUACCAAAGAUAAUGCUUUAUGUGAGAAUGCCAGAUCCAUUCCACGCACCGUUCCUCCUGAUGUUAUCUCAUUAUCCUUUGUGAGAUCUGGUUUUACUGAAAUCUCAGAAGGGAGUUUUUUAUUCACACCAUCGCUGCAGCUCUUGUUAUUCACAUCGAACUCCUUUGAUGUGAUCAGUGAUGAUGCUUUCAUUGGUCUUCCACAUCUAGAGUAUUUAUUCAUAGAAAACAACAACAUCAAGUCCAUUUCAAGACAUACUUUCCGGGGACUAAAGUCUUUAAUUCACCUGAGCCUUGCAAACAACAAUCUCCAGACACUCCCAAAAGACAUUUUCAAAGGCCUGGAUUCUUUAACAAACGUGGACCUUAGAGGGAAUUCAUUUAAUUGUGACUGUAAACUGAAGUGGCUGGUGGAAUGGCUAGGCCACACCAAUGCAACUGUUGAGGACAUUUACUGCGAAGGGCCCCCAGAAUACAAGAAGCGCAAAAUCAAUAGUCUCUCUUCCAAGGAUUUUGAUUGCAUCAUUACAGAAUUUGCGAAGUCUCAGGACCUGCCUUAUCAAUCACUGUCCAUAGACACCUUUUCUUAUAUGAAUGAUGAGUAUGUAGUCAUCGCUCAGCCUUUUACUGGAAAAUGCAUUUUCCUUGAAUGGGACCAUGUAGAAAAGACCUUCCGGAAUUAUGACAACAUUACAGGUACGUCCACUGUAGUGUGCAAGCCUAUAGUCAUUGAAACUCAGCUCUAUGUUAUUGUGGCCCAGCUGUUUGGCGGCUCUCACAUCUAUAAGCGAGACAGUUUUGCAAAUAAAUUCAUAAAAAUCCAGGAUAUUGAAAUUCUCAAAAUCCGAAAACCCAAUGACAUUGAAACAUUCAAGAUUGAAAACAACUGGUACUUUGUUGUUGCUGACAGUUCAAAAGCUGGUUUUACUACCAUUUACAAAUGGAAUGGAAAUGGAUUCUACUCCCAUCAGUCCCUACAUGCAUGGUACAGGGACACUGAUGUGGAAUAUCUAGAAAUAGCCAGAACGCCUCAGGCACUCAGAACACCUCAUUUAAUCCUAUCGAGUAGUUCCCAGCGUCCUGUAAUUUAUCAGUGGAACAAAGCAACACAGUUAUUCAUUAACCAAACUGAUAUCCCUAACAUGGAGGAUGUAUAUGCCGUUAAGCACUUCUCAGUGAAAGGUGACGUGUACAUUUGCUUGACAAGAUUCAUUGGUGAUUCCAAAGUAAUGAAAUGGGGAGGCUCCUCAUUUCAGGAUAUUCAGAGGAUGCCAUCGCGAGGAUCCAUGGUGUUCCAGCCUCUUCAGAUAAACAACUAUCAAUAUGCAAUUCUUGGAAGUGAUUACUCUUUUACUCAAGUGUAUAACUGGGAUGCAGAGAAAGCCAAAUUUGUGAAAUUUCAGGAGUUAAAUGUCCAGGCACCGAGAUCAUUCACACAUGUGUCCAUUAAUAAGCGUAAUUUUCUUUUUGCUUCCAGUUUUAAGGGAAAUACACAGAUUUACAAACAUGUCAUAGUUGACUUAAGCGCAUGA